CUGAUGAAGUUCGUGGCAAAGGAGAGGGAAUGCUACAAGGUGUACCCACCCCCCGAGCAGGUCUUCACCUGGACACAGAUGUGUGACAUCAGGGAUGUAAAGGUUGUGAUUCUGGGCCAAGAUCCAUACCAUGGACCCAACCAAGCUCAUGGGCUCUGCUUCAGUGUCCAGAAACCUGUCCCUCCUCCCCCCAGCUUGGAGAACAUUUACAGAGAGCUUUCCACGGAUAUUGAGGAUUUCACUCACCCUGGCCAUGGGGAUCUGACAGGAUGGGCCAAGCAAGGAGUGCUGCUGUUGAAUGCUGUGCUGACCGUGCGGGCUCACCAGGCCACGUCCCACAAGGAGAGAGGUUGGGAGCAGUUCACCGACGUGGUCAUCUCCUGGCUCAACAACAACUUGCACGGGGUCGUCUUCAUGCUCUGGGGAGCCUAUGCCCAGAGGAAGGGCAGCUCCAUCGACAGG